AGCAAGCGGUAGUUUGUAGUUUCGGUGCUUCGAAAUUUAUUUUGCGGUUGUUGCUGCUACUGCAGUAUGACGUGUGGUGUGGCUUCUCUUUAAACUUAUAUUGUUUGUUCUCUUCGCUGUUGAUUUUGGAUAGGUGGCCUGAUGCCUCUUCCACCAGCCCUUCUUGCAAGAUUGAAGAAGCGGGGAAUUGUAAAAGCUAGUGAAGCCGAACCGUCGGCAGCUGAUCAACCAGAGGAAGAGGUCAUCGCUGAAGACUACGAUGACAUCUGUCGACCUGUGGGAGGUGGCGAGACCGGAGUAGGCGGGCCCAUCCCAGGAUGUCCCAACAAGUGGAACUUGUACCACGAAUGCAGUGCAUUUUGCCAACAGCAGUGGGGUGCUGGCAAAUUAAAGGAGUCCCCGCACACCGAGCGCAAGCGCUUGCGAAUGCUGCGAAAGUACCCACUGCCAGAGGGCUGGAGUGAGCUGUAUGAUCCUGGCACGGGCAGGCACUAUUACUGGAGGCAGGGGAGCGAGGACGUCACUUGGAUGCCACCUCGGCACCCAAGGGCAAAGAUUUCGCUGCCAGCUGAGAAGCUCCGAGAACUCAUAUCUGAUGCUGAUGAUGGCCAGGAACUGGACAGUGCUGGCUCAGAAGAAGACAUGCUAGAUGACGAUGAGGUUCCACUUCCACCCCGGCGCUCUCGUGAGUCUGCGAACUCUAAAGGAUCAUCUCAUAGCCGUUCAGACCGUCGUGGUGACCGAUCACGCAGCAACGACCUUGACCCCAUGGAUCCUGCUGCAUACUCAGACGUUCCACGAGGGAAGUGGUCCACAGGCCUGGAGAAGAGCAAUGAAGCCAAAACGGGUGCCGACACGACUGCAAGUGGACCACUUUACCAGAUGCGCCCAUACCCGAGUCCCGGUGCUGUACUUCGCCUUAAUGCUGGAAACCGCCGGCAGCACUCCGAUGAUGAAGAGGAUGACUAGUAGCAACACUGUAAAUUUAUUUCUCCAUCAGUUUGCUCAGUCUCGUUGUUUUUGUUCUGAAACUAAUUUAGCAAGUCAUAAAUGUUCCUCACUUCCA